CUAACGUACUGUGGAACAUCACUUACGCAGGUGCUGCAGCUAUUUGUACCACCAAUCGAUCCCCAAGAGACUUUGUGCACCUUCUUCCCGAGCUCAAAUUGAUCCAACAAGAGUCUUCUUUUUGGAACCAGCCACCCUCUGCUGACACCGGAACGGUCCGAAGAGACGCAACUCCAGCCAUCACGAUGCCAUCGGACCAGAACGGUUGGGUAACAAUGAACGUGCAGAAGCACGAAUUCAAUCGUCGCCCUUCUUAAGCCAAGCGAGAGGUGCUAGACUCAGAGACGACGGUGAUGAUGAGAGUGGACGCACCGUUCUGUUGAGGUGUCGCCAAAACGAAGCACUGCCGCCCAUUGAGCCCAACACAGCAAUGUUGACCCACUUGAAUCCACGUCACAAUGAAAAUUCUCAUCCUUACCUUCUGUGCGGUCCUCUUUCUUUCAACAAGUAAGGUAGUUGCCAUUUGCGCCGGAACUGUGUAUGGCAUAGGCAACGUCAUAGGCAUCGGGGUGGGCGUCAACCGUUGGAACAUAUACGAUAAUAACUGCAAAGUCGUAGACGGAGUGACAACAGACCUAAAUCCAUGUAACCAACCAUCGGGCAUCUUUGCAUGUUCGGGAAGCCCAAUUUACUACUAUGGAUACGUAAAUUCGUUCACGGGCACCAAGUACAACUGUGGCCGUGACAACACCACCGAAUCAUGUGGAAGCGACAUAAUCUCCGUUUGCUUACAGUGCGUGCCGUCGUAGUGUAUCCCGGUAUUGGUGGUUCGCCCGUUACGUGCAUGCGGGUCGUGUUCAGCGGUGGUGGAUUUAGUCUGUCUCGUCAUUUCACACUUCUUUGUUUUGUUCUACAAUAAUUUCGACAUUUAUACACUUAGAGCCGUAUGGCUCCUCUCCUUCCGUUCGGGUCCCUGUUCUCACUUCGGACAUAUGGUUC